UAAAAAGUUAUCCUCAUCGUGGAAACAAUAUACGAGAGUCACCAAUAUCUGGCACUCUCUUAUGGAGCAGUCAUGGGAAAAUGUUUGGCCUUUUCAAACGGAAAUGGGUGUGGAAUAUUUGUUAGAGAUGUGCCACGAAGAAAAAGAGUUUAUUCGUGACUUCAUGGCACAGCCGGUAGCUGGAGCUGCCGUUGCCGCCACCGAGAGUAGCAGUGAGAUGAUUGUAGUCUCUGAUGAGUCACCUGAGCUUCUUCCUCCGUCCACAUCCUCUAGAGCUUGCAUUAUCUCUUUAGAUAACUCCGCGGCAAUACCGUUACCAGCUGUGAUGUCCAAAUCCAAACCACCACGGUGUCCCACAAAAAAGAGGACUUCUGAGAGAGGAAAAGGAGAAAAGAAGAAUAUUAAAACUCUAGAUCACGCAAUGGGAGAGAGGAAAAGAAGACUUGAACUUGCACACAAGUUCAUACAGCUUUCCACUAUCAUUCCUCGCUCAAAUAAGACAAACAAAGCUUCUAUCGUUGCUGGCGCAACCAAUUACGUGGAGCAACUCCAGAAACGAGUGAAGGAGUUAGAAGCACAACAAAACAAGAGAGGCAAAGAACCAAUGAUACUUUUCAAUAAGGAAAAUUCUUGUGAAAUGAAUCUUGACAAUUGUUUUAGACCAAAUGAAUUGCUUCCAGAUGUCAAAGUGAAAGUGUCGGAGAAUAAUAUACUCAUUUAUAUCAAUUGUGAGAAGGAAAAUGGCAUUCAACACAAAAUAUUGGACAUGCUUCAAAAUCUUCAUUUGUUUGUCACCAGCACUAGCGUAUUGCCGUUUGGCAAUUCAACUCUUGCCAUAACUAUCAUCGCUCAAAUGGGUGAUGCAUACAAAGUGACACAGAUGGAUUUGGUGGACAACAUAAGGCAAUUCAUGUUGAAAGAUGCAACAUGAUGCAUGCACUCGUGUGUGCGCGAAGAUUAUUUGAGAUUUGUUAAAAAGAUUGAGUUGAUUUAUGAAUAAAAAAGUGUGAGCAAGAGCACUCUAUUUUUAACACUAUUUAUAAUUUUUAU